AUGUCGGCGCCUGCUGCCUCACUCGAACGCCCUCGUAUUGGGAACUCGAAUACGAUAUUCAAGAGUGGACAUCUGCUCAUAUCAUCUAAAGCAGGCUUGGGGUGGAAGUCUUGGAAGAAGAGGUGGUUUAUCCUUACACGCACUUCUUUGGUUUUCUUCAAGAAUGACCCUAGUGCACUUCCACAGCGCGGUGGUGAAGUAAAUUUGACUUUGGGUGGAAUUGAUUUAAAUAAUUCCGGGAGUGUUGUUGUUAGAGAAGACAAGAAACUGUUGACUGUUCUAUUCCCUGAUGGACGUGAUGGACGGGCAUUUACUCUUAAGGCUGAAACUUCUGAGGACUUGUUUGAGUGGAAAACUGCCCUUGAGAAUGCUCUGGCACAAGCCCCCAAUGCUGCUCUUGUUAUGGGACACAAUGGGAUAUUUAGAAAUGAUGCUGGUGAUUCUAUUGAGGGGUCUUUCCAUCAAUGGAGAGAGAGACGCCCGGUGAAGUCUUUGGUUGUAGGACGUCCAAUUUUGCUUGCAUUGGAAGAUAUCGAUGGUGGCCCGUCCUUCCUAGAGAAAGCACUUCGGUUUCUCGAGAAAUAUGGAAUUAAAGUAGAAGGAAUUUUGAGGCAGUCUGCAGAUGUUGAAGAAGUGGAACGAAGGGUUCAAGAAUAUGAGCAAGGCAAGACUGAAUUUGACCCUGCUGAGGAUGCUCAUGUUAUUGGUGACUGCAUUAAGCAUAUUCUUCGGGAGCUACCUUCCUCGCCUGUCCCUGCAUCAUGUUGCACUGCCUUGUUGGAAGCCUUCAAAAUCGACCGAAAGGAAGCCAAGGUGAAUGCAAUGCGCUCUGCCAUACACGAAGCAUUUCCAGAACCAAAUAGACGCCUCCUGCAGAGAGUUCUUAAAACGAUGCAUACGAUUUCUUCUCAUUCCUCUGAGAAUCGUAUGACCCCGUCGGCCGUUGCUGCUUGCAUGGCUCCAUUGCUGCUUCGUCCACUUUUAGCUGGUGAAUGUGAAUUAGAGGAUGACUUUGACAUCAAUGGAGAUCAUUCGUCUCAGCUUCUUGCUGCUGCAAGUGCUGCUAAUAGUGCCCAAGCAAUUGUUACAACUCUACUUGAAGAGUAUGACAAUAUUUUUGACGAUGAUAUUCUGCACAGGUGCUCCAUGUCUGUAGAUUCUCAAACUGAUAACAGUGCAAGUGAAGAUUCGAGCGAUGAUCCUGACAUAACAAUCCAUGGUUAUCACGAUGCUCAAAACGAAGCCGACCAUGAUACGGAUUCUGAAUGUGACCGCUCGCAUAGUGGGAAGUUAAGCAGUGUCUCGGGUGCUAGUGAUCUUUAUGACUAUAAGGCCAUUGGAAAUGAUGAUUCGGAUGACGGUUCUCGUUCUAUAGAAACAAAAUCAAAUCCAGUAUUGGACCUUAGAACUAUUAGUGAUUCUGUUAUUUUAGUUAACGACCAACUAAGGGCACGUGAGAAAAACUCGACUAGUGCUUCUGAAGAUAUACUUCGUAAUGAGGCCCAGAGAUCUAUGGGAGAGAUUUUGUCCUCAAUGAAUCAAGAGCCCCAUCAACCAGUCACUGGACCCAACCUACCGACUGAGAAGGAAAUACUCAAAUCCACUAAUACGAGUAAUGGUAGUGCCAAAAAGGGGCCAUUUUGGGGAAAGAAAAAUGCCAGGAAAUCUCCUUCAACAGGAUCGAUUGAUUCAUCUGGAGAGGAAGAGCUUGCCAUCCAGAGACUGGAGGUAGCUAAAAAUGAUUUGCGCCAAAGAAUUGCGAAAGAGGCAAGAGGAAAUGCAAUUUUGCAAGCUAGCUUGGAGAGAAGGAAGCAAGCUUUGCAUGAAAGGCGAUUGGCACUUGAACAAGAUGUAGCAAGACUGCAAGAACAAUUGCAAGCUGAGAGAGAGCUUCGUGCUGCUCUGGAAGUUGGCCUAAGCAUGUCUUCUGCGCAAUUUCCCGGUUCUCAUGGCAUGGAUUCCAAGACGAGGGCUGAACUCGAGGAGAUAGCUCUUGCCGAGGCUGAUGUUGCGAGACUGAAGCAGAAAGUUGCCGAGCUUCACCAUCAGCUUAACCAGCAACGUCAGCAUCACUACGGCCCGCUUUCUGAUGCACGCGAACGAAAAUAUUUCCAGCAAGACUUUGAUACGACUCUCGCUGUCUGUAACAACGAGAGGAAACAAAGGACAGAGGAGUUAUUGGGUUCGGACUCGAGAAAUGUUAAGGGACAAAUAUCGACAGCUGGUACCAAUAGCAAGCUUUCUUCCAGGAAGAACUUAGUGGAGUCGCCUAGCAUAAGUAAUUCCAAAAGUACUGAAGCAUCCACAGGUUUAUCUGCGGACGAUCUCGGUGCUGUUGAUUCUGCAUAUUUGCCUUCUACUUCUAGAACAGCUGAGGUGAUGGAUUAUCCUCGUCAUCCAUCAGCAGCAUCCUCGACUCUAGUGGAGUUGACAACACGUCUUGAUUUUUUCAAGGAAAGAAGGUCUCAGUUAAUGGAGCAACUCCAGAACUUGGAUUUGAACUAUGGAUCAAUUAAUCAUCAAGAUUUUGUGUACAAACCAUCAUCUCCUCCAUGGAGCUAG